GCUUGCGUCUUUGCGAUAAAUUUGCUUAUGUACUUUCUUUUUUAAAAAAAAUGUAAACAGUUCGUUCCUCGCUAUCUUCAGUAGAGACUUAGUUUUCUUUAAAUUCUCAUUUCGGCAGUUCAAACGUCAGUUUUUCUUUAUAUAUUGUUACUCAUAAUGAAAAUAGUUACUAAAAUUUAAAUUUUAUUUUGUUUUUUGAAAAAUUAAAAGAGAAUUAGUUACAAUUUUUUAAUAAAGAAAAAUGUUAUGCUAUGGAGUCUUGUUUUUUUGGGUUAUUCAUAUUGCACUCGGCAGUAUAAUAGUAACUGAUAGUGAAAAAUCACCAAGUGUUAUAAUUGUUGGUGCUGGAGCUGCAGGCAUAGCAGCUGCCUCAAAACUCUAUCAAAAUGGUUUUAAGGAUGUAAAAAUUUUUGAAGCAGACGGAAGAAUUGGCGGACGCAUUUAUUCUACUUUAUUUCAUAAUCAGAUGGUCGAUAUGGGUGGUCAAUGGGUCCACGGGGAGAAAGGUAAUAUUGUAUUUGAAUCAGCCUGGCCUCAUGGAUUAUUAGAAAGAGGAAAUUUUCUGGACGGACAAUUUGAACUCUUUGAUUCAUCUGGAAAGAAAAUGAAUCAAUCAGUAGCAGAUGAUUUGAAGAAAUUCUUUUUUCAAACCGUUGAUAAUUUGGAUCAGUAUGCUCAGAGAAGGAAUGGACCAAUUGGUCAACAUUUUCUUAAUGAAUUUGAAAAGUACUUUAAAGCACAUCCUUAUUUGAAGAAUGAUGCAAAUGGUCUUUUACAUUUAUUUGAUAAAAUUGACAUGGAAGAAGACGGUGGCGAUACAUGGUGGGACGUUUCAACUAGAAAUGUAAUUCAAUAUAUAAAGAGUCCAGGAGCUAAUCAACUAAAUUGGAAAAAUCGAACUUACUUUACAAUUCUUGAUAUUCUAAUGAAACGAUUUCCAAAUCCAAAGGAAGAACUUCCGAACAUGAAUAAUACAAUAUUAAAUUCAGAAGUGACAUUGAUUUACAAUAAUGAAAAAUUCGAUAGAGUAACAGUGACAACUGCUGAUGGAGGAAUUUACAGUGCCAAUCAUGUAAUUGUAACAGUGUCACUGGGAGUAUUGAAAGAGAAACACACCAAACUAUUUUAUCCUCCAUUGCCCAGUGAAAAAGUGAAAGCUAUUAAUGGAAUGGGAUUUGGAAACGAAGCUAAAAUUUUCCUCUCAUUUGAUAAACCAUGGUGGAAACAUAAAGAUCCUGGAUUUUAUUUCUACUGGAAAGAUGAAGAUAGAGCACAAAUCGAAAAAGAACCAGAGAAAAAAUGGCUUCUUGGUUUAAAUAGAUUCUCAUUUGUUGAUCAUAGACCUGGUUUACUAUAUGGAUGGUUGUCGGGAAACUAUUCUCAAGAAAUGGAAUUGAUUCCAAAGGAGAAAGUUUUUAACCAUAUAAUUGAAGCCCUUCAAAGAUUUAUGGGAAAACAUUACAAUAUAACAAAACCCACUGGCAUGAUUAGUAAAUGGAAUAGUAAAGCAAAUUUUAGAGGAGCAUACACUUAUCUUUUGACGAACGACAUUUUACCAUCAACGUUAGCUCAACCUAUUGGAAAGAGAAAACCCAGGAUUUUAUUUGCUGGCGAAGCUACACACUCACAUUUUUUCUCAACUGUUCACGGCGCUAUUGAAUCUGGAUUUCGGGAGGCUGACAGACUAAUAAAACUUUAUCCACAUCUUAAAAAUAAUAAAUUAUCAACAAAUUAGCGCGUAAAAUUAAUAGUUAAUUAAUUAAUCACAUAUAUAGCUCAUUAAUGAAUAAAAUUUAAUUUUUCAAUGAAUAAAAUCGAGACUUUGAUGUACUGCAAAAAUUAAAAAAGUAGUCAAAUAACUAAACAAUCUUUAUAAUAAAAUUCUCUUAAAUCACCUUCAGGAUAAAACUGUUUUGCCUGAUGGUGAAUAAAUAUAGCACUAGCAUUAAUUUUAAAAUUCAAUUUACUGUCUUUCUAAGGAGAGAAAUUAAUCUUAUAAGUAUAAUAAUUUACAAUUCUGUCGGAAAUUAGUUAUUGACUUUAAUAAAUACCUUGUCGAAGUCAUCUUUUGCGUGUGCACAUAUAAUGUUAAUUUAAAUAUUAAACCUGUCUCUAGUCUACAUAUUAUGUACAUUAUUUGCACAAAGUCACGCAAUCUGUACACAAAAAUUGUCUACUGAAUAUGUCAGCUGUAUGGUAAUUUAAAUUGGACCAUAUUUCUAUUUUAUUUCCCGAGUUUCUUAAAUUGAUCGUUUUUACAUCAGAUUUAAAAAAAAACUCAAGAAAAUAUUUAAUUAAAAUAUAAAUAAGAAAUUUUACAAACUUUUUUCAAACUGUAUACUUUAAACUUUGGAAGUAUACAAGGAUUUUUUAAUUGGAUGGAAAAACUCUAUUAUAUUGUGAAAAAAAUGACUAGUAUAAAUAAAUACUGAUUCUUUGACAAAUGCCCCAGCUUUCUGUAAAAGCAUGUAUUAAAACCGCAGUUACUUUUGCACAUGAAUAAUAAUAAAUUCUGUAAUCCCACAAA